ACAGAAGUAUUUCUAAGCUAAGAAAGAUUGGUCGUGGCCGAUAAUUUGCGAAUGUCGUGAAUAUACACAAACAACUGAAUAAGUGUAUUUAACACUAAUGAUCGUUUGGUACGUUUAAUUAUAAGACAUUUUAAUUUAUUCAUUAGAAAUGAUAUUGUUUUGCUAAGAAGAAUUAACUUGGACGUUAUCAUUAGUUAAAUUUUGUUCUAUGUGUUAUAUUUUGUACACAUUUUAUAUUAAUUCACUAUUCUUUUUAUUUUAAGAGAAAGAGAAAGAUAAUUUACUUUUUUAAUUAAGUAUUAGUUUUCUAAGGAUGCUGAAAGGAAAAGAAAAUAAUAUUCAAACAAAUUCGACUACCAAUCAAUUAGAUGACAAACUACAAGUUAAUAAUUUAAAACGAUUGAGAAUUGUAAAUACCACAAACUUAGUAUUGAAGAACAAUCAAGAUAUUAAAAAAACUGAUAAUAGAGUUGUGCAAUAUGAUAAAACUGAUACAACUAAAAAUAAUCAAAACCAUAUUUCCAAACAAUUGUCUAAGAAACCUCCUUCUGCGUCUGAGUCAACUGAAGUAAAACUUCAAGAUAACUGUGAUAAUGCUACUAGUAAUAAUAAUGACAAAAAAGAUGUUGUGACUGCGAAUAAUACUGAACAGAAUGAUGCGAAUAAUAAAAGUAAUAAAAAGAAAUGGGUGCUUACGGAUUUUGACAUAGGACGUCCUCUUGGUAAAGGAAAAUUUGGAAAUGUUUAUCUUGCUAGGGAAAAAAAAUCUAAAUUUAUUAUAGCGAUGAAAGUAUUAUUUAAAGCACAAAUGCAAAAGCAAGGCGUUGAAGACCAAGUUAUGUUGUAUCAAGUGCAAAGAGAAAUUGAAAUACAAACUCACCUAAGACAUCCUAAUAUCUUACGUAUGUAUGGCUAUUUUCAUGAUGAAAAAAGAGUAUAUUUGAUAUUAGAGUAUGCUCCGAAGGGUGAAUUGUAUAAAGAAUUAAAUGCACAGCCUGACAAACGUUUUGACGAUGUUAGAACCGCCACUUACAUGUCGCAAUUAGCUGAUGCUUUAAAGUAUUGUCACAGUAAAAAAGUAAUACAUCGUGAUAUUAAACCAGAAAAUUUAUUGCUCGGUUUAAAAGGUGAAUUAAAAAUGGCUGAUUUUGGUUGGUCUGUUCAUGCACCUUCAUCAAGACGAGAAACGUUAUGUGGUACUCUUGAUUAUAUACCACCAGAAAUGGUAGCUGGAAAGACGUAUAAUCACACCGUAGAUUUGUGGAGCGUGGGAGUACUGUGUUAUGAAUGUUUAGUUGGUAAACCUCCAUUCUAUGCACAGACUUACGAAGAAACAUAUAUGAGAAUUAAAAAAGCUCAAUAUACAUUCCCUGAUUUUGUUAGCGAAGGCGCAAGAGACUUAAUUUCAAAGUUACUAGUUGUUAAUCCAGAAAAAAGACUACAAUUAGAAGAUGUUUUAACUCAUCCUUGGAUAGUGAAAAAUCGCACAACAGAACCCUAUGUGCAGUGAUAACUAUAUUACUUUUAUUUCUAAGACUGUCGCUAUGUUUUAAUAAUCUAAUAAAUGACGGUUGAUCUUUCUUAAUUUAACGGAUAGAUCAAUUGUAUAGAUGAUUUUAUAAUCAAAUUUUAUAACUUAACAAAAUAAAACAUGUAAAUUGCAUUAUUUCAUUUUAUUAGAUAAUAUUUCGACUAUAUAUAGUGAAAUAUUUAUCAAUUGUUUAAUUUCACAAAAAAUUAUUAAUAUGAUUUAUUAUUAUUAACUAUUAUCGGAAUUAUAUAUAUAUAUACAUUACAAAAUAAAAAUUUUAAUGUGGUAUCAAUCAUCUAUUCGCUAGAUAUGUCGUCGAAUAUUAGAAUAAUGAAAUUUAUUUGUGUGAUUACAUUGGACUGAGUACAGAAGAAAGAAAAAGAAAAUUUUAGUACGCAAAAUGAAAAUAUUAUCAUCGUAUAUCUAAUUAUAUAAGACACAUUCCGUUGAUAAAAAGAAAUCAAUCCUUUUCAUUUGUAAGUAUUGUAAAUUGUUUCGGUAUUUUAAUAAUAAUAAAAAAAAUCCAUUUUGU